GGCCCGGAGCCAGCUAUUCUCGGUCUAGUAUUUUCCCUGCCUCGGGCGCAUGCUCGGGCCCCCUCCCUGAGCUAGCGCUGGGCCGAGCUACGCAGUUCGGGAGCCAGAGCCGGAGCGAAGGCAGCCAGUCCUCAUUAGGGACAGAUAGACAGACGGGCUGCUAUGGCUUCCUACUACGAGAUCCUGGAUGUGCCUCCAAGUGCCUCCCCUGAUGACAUCAAGAAGGCCUACAGAAAGAAGGCACUCCAGUGGCAUCCAGACAAGAAUCCUGACAACAAGGAAUUUGCAGAGCAGAAAUUUAAGGAAGUUGCAGAGGCCUAUGAAGUGCUCUCUGACAAGAAUAAACGGGACGUCUAUGACCGCUAUGGCAAAGAUGGACUGUCUGGGGCUGCAGGUUCAGAAUCUCCAUGGGCUGGAUCUGGUGGAUUCACCUUCACCUUUCGAAACCCCGAUGACGUCUUCAGGGAGUUUUUUGGGGCCCAAGACCCAUUUGCUGAUUUUUUUGAUGACCUAGGCCCAGGUCACAGCCCACUGCGUUCCCGAGCCUUUUUUGGUUUUUCAUCUCCCUUCUCUUCCCAUCCAGCCUUUGCUUCAUCCUUCUCCUUCAGUCCUGGGGCCCACGCCCUACGUUCUGUGACCACCUCUACCACCUUUGUUGAUGGCCACCGAAUAACGACUCGGAGAAUCAGGGAGAAUGGAGAGGAAAGGGUGGAGAUUGAGGAGGAUGGGCAGCUGAAGUCAGUCCUUGUCAACGGAGUCCCUGAUGACCUGGCUCUAGGGCUAGAACUGAGUCGUCGAGAGCAGACGCAGGUUACCAAAGAACCUGGUGGGGCUCUUCCCAAGUCCUUCCGUGUCUUAGGCCUCUCCGACAGUGAACCUUCUGAUGAAGACGAGGAUAUGCAGCUUGCCAUGGCCUAUAGCCUAUCUGAGAAGGAGGCAGCUGAGAAGAAGGCUGCAGGUGGGCGGCGGGGCAGUCAACAGCGUGAGAGUCUUGGGACCCAGGCCCACGAAGCAGAGGAGAAGAAGGCAGCAGGUGGGCGGCGGGGCAGUCAACAGAAGAGGAGUCCUGAGACCCGGACCCGAGAAGCAUCUGAGAAGGCCACAGGUGGGCGGUCUAGCAGUCAGCGGAGGAGUCCUGAGACCCGGGCCCGAGAAGCAGUUGAGAAGAAGGCCAAAGGUGGGCGGCAGGGAAGUCAGCGGCAGAGGAGUCCUGAGACCCGGGCCCAGGAGGCAGCAGACAGGUCUGCAGGUGGGCGGCGGGGCCGCCAACGGCAGAAGAGUCCUGAGACCCGGGCCCAGGAGGCAGCUGGGAAGAAGUCUGCAGGUGGGCAGCGGGCCCACCAAUGGCAGGGACAUCCUGAUACCUGGGCCCAGGAUCUGGGUGUGGGGGUGGUUCAAGAAGGGGCACAGAGAGUGGCUAGAGAGCCCAGCCUGGCUUCUGAGGAUAAGGCAUCUCGCUGUAUCAUCCUCUGAAGACAAAGGCCCAGUCACCUUAAGUCAGCUUUCUGAGAGGUUCUCCUCUCACAGGUGGAGCUCAGUUCAUACCGCUAACACUAUCUAAGCUCCAGCCUCACCUCCAUGGCCCCUUGGGCUUCCCUUCUUAACCAUUAGCCUCGACUCGGGCUUGAGUCUGCUAUGACCAUGGGGUUUGCUGCUACUGUUGCUACCGUUGAUUCUGUUCUUGGCUUAUGCCCAGCACAGAAGAGUCAGGCUCUGUCAGGUGGGACCUGGGCCUUGUUACUGGGGAGGGAAAAGUUCAUGAGGAAGCUCACCCUUGGGCAGGGGUCAGUGGGGGAAGAGGGCGGUGGGAUGGGCCAGUUGAUAGAAACUAAAUUCUGUCCUUGGGGCUCAUUUUCAUCUACAUAUGAUGGGGUUUGUAGGCAAGGUCUCAGCCUGCAGUUACCCCGGAUCCUGUCUUGGGUGGCAUGCUUUGUGGCCUGGGAGAGUUUAUCCUAGAGUGGUGGUGGGAAGGGAUGAUAUGAAUGUCAACCUCUGUUCCUCUUGUACAGUUGUAGACCGUCCGCCCCUUGCCACAUGUGUGGUUCUGGGGUGAGGACUAAGGUGCUGUGAUGAGAUCUGACUGUCUCUGUUGCUUACCUCCUACAAUUCCUUGAAGCUGUACCCGCUGCUUCUCCUUCCUCAGACACCUCUCUCUUCCCCCCUUCCCUGCUGGCUGGCUGGCUAAGAUACCCCCUCCCUUUCCCUCUUCCCCCACAAGGCCUUGGCGCUGAAUGAGGAAGAAGCUGGAAGGGCCAUGGGUCUCCAGGGUAGGUAGGCUAAGGUGGCUGAGGAGUCCAUUCAGUAGCCCCUUGACUCUGAACCCAGCUCCAGGCCAUUCCCUUCUCAAUCUGGUUGUUCCUGUCCCCUGUUUGGACUGGUUGGAAGAUGGGGUGCCCAGAAGAGAGAGGGAUGGUUUGGGGUAAGGAAUGAUCACCAAGGCUUGGCCCAUAUGGGGACUGUGUAUUCCCUCCCCUCAUCUGAACCCCAAGGAUGAAGCUUCAGGGAGAGCCCCGGACUUGGCUGCUGUGCUCUGCUCCGGGCUGCUUGGUGCUGACCCUUCUUUCCUGUCACCCCUGCCCUGCUCUCUCCUCAGAUGUAUUCUGAACUGGAUGUCCUGGACCCAGAGCCGUCACAAAGCUCCUUCAGGAAGUCGCCCUUCCCUGGGUGCAGGGUGGGGGGAUUCCCCUCCAUUCCUCUCCCCCAUCCAUGCUGAGCUCUGAGCCAUGGCCUGGAUGGUGUGCUUCAGGGGCAGGUGGGCGGUGGGUUAGUAGUGGUAGACAACAGACUUCCCAGGGUGCUGUGUUCAGUGGCCCUUGGAAACUACAUGUCCCAUAAUGCUAUGUACCCCUUCAUGAAUUGCCUGGGUUAAACUGUGAGUGGUGUGGGAGCAAUGCAUCUUAGGACAUGCAGUUUCCACCAGUACCAGCCAUAGGCUGCCUCUCUCCUGUUCUAUGACAACAUAGAGGGACCCUAUCCCUUGUAGAGGUGGAGAGUGUAUGGGUACAUUGGGGAGAGGGAGAGUCAGGGGUUGGAGCUAGCUGGCUAAACCCUAGGCUCCUCCAACUCUGCCUCACCCUUGGACUCCACUGAUUGGGGGAGGAGGAGCCAAAUCCCUCAAAGAUGGGCUUGGGGGAGAAAUAAUGGGAGGGGGAAGCUUUAUUCAUCUGUGCAGGGAUGGGGCCUGGAAAACAAAGCAGCCACCCCCCUCUGCCAGCAUGCUGCCUGAAGGGCAACAGGACCAGCUGACCCAGGAGAGGCCUCUGAAGACAGUGGCUGGGUGGGAGGAUGAGGGUAUGGGUGGAGCAGUCGGGGUUUGUUGGGUGCGGUGUGGAGGUAGGAAUGGGGUGUGGAAUGGGAAACUGGAACUGGCCCCAACAGGCUGUGAGUGUGAGUUGUGCUAGGGACAGCUGAAUGGUGCUUGUCAGAGGGAGCUGAAAGGCAUGUUGCUGCUUGUAUGGCCUCCUCGAGCCUCAAACCCUCUUCCAUUCGUGAUGACAGAGCCGCCCUUCUUCUUCUCUGCCUAGUGGAGCCUCCAGGAAGGGAGGAGGCAGGGGUGGAGAAGGCAGGAGUGACCCACCAUGUCCAGCUUGUGGGGUCCUGCUGGGCCAGCGUGUGCUUAGCUCAGAUUCAUGAGUGAACCACUGGAAAUCAAUAAACCUGAUGAUAUUUGAAGACUCUA